CCUAUCAGAGAGCUUUUUUUUUUUGCAUAUGCUGUUGAGGACGGGUGUAAGGAUCUUACUGCUCUAAAUCUUCUCACACUGCCGAAGCUUACAAGAAGAUGAUUUCGGUGCUGCUUAACGCUCUUGUGCUGCUGUCGGUGUUGGGCCUAACUGGGGCAAGAUAUCGAACAACCCCAUCAGGCCCCUCCACCUCCCUGCGUGGUCAGAUGUUUACAGUGACAUAUGGCGGGGAACUCACCAUGUACACAGAUGCGGUCUCUCGCUCAGCUUCUCCUUCCUCAUCCACCACCUCAUAUCCCUACCCCACCACCUCAUAUCCCUACCCCACCACCUCAUAUCCCUACCCCACCACCUCGUAUCCCUACCCCACCUCGUAUCCCUCUCCCUCUGCUCUGACUGUGUGUCUGCGUUACAUGGCCGAGGAGCGAAAAGACUUGACUCUCUUCAGCCUCACUCAGGACUACUGGAACCUGUUACUGAAAAGGUAUUAUGGGAUAGACCACCUCUCCAUCGAGUCCUCCCAGGACUUUAGCUCCUAUAAGCUGUUCGGGGCCGUCAGAGAGCCACGCCCCUGGACCAGCCUGUGUGUUACCUGGGAGAAAAAGACAGGCAUGGCCCAGGUGUGGAGAGGCGGGACAGUCAGCGUCAAGAAGAGGGUGUUUGGCCAGGUGACCAAUGGGCCUCCUGUCUUGGAAGUGUAUAUGUUUGAGGGGCAGGUAACUGAUGUGGAAGUGUGGGACAGAGUCCUCUCCCCAAGCUGGAUAAUGUCCUACAUGUCUGGUUGGACAUACUGGUCCUACACCCCUGGUAAUGUGCUGACCUGGUCCAAGGCCAUCUACUCCACCAAUGGAGAGAUCUUACUGGAGGAAAACACUUAUAACUCUGACCAUCAGCCUAUCAGAGGCCACGACCAGCGCCCAGGACCAAUGAAAAGGAAGACAAAGAGAAAGUUGGAAUGGAGGAAGAGUGGGAAUGCAGAGCAGAGACAGAGGGCAUGGCUGUAGGGGAGAGUAAUGAUUGCCACCAGUGGCGAUGUUAGCAUGUAAAUCUUGGUGGGGCAAAAAAAUAAAAAAAGUGGGAUGCAUGCCAGCAAAUCCACAACACUGAACAAUACAAUAAUUGCACUAUAACGGUGACAAACGGUGCCCGCAAACGGCCUACAUAAGCGGAUCAGAGGCAAUCCGUAAUUUCAAUUAAGACAUUAAUAGUGAGCUAGGACGGAUGCAGUCAAUAUAACUAUUUGUUUAAAACGUACAGCGACAGAAUUCAGAACAUGGGCCGUUCUUAGUGUUUUCCCUGUACACCAAGUCAGAACCAUAGGAUAGAUAAAGGGGGCAUAUAAGCAUACAAUGAAAGCUCUUACAAUAUUCAAUGAUUACAUUUCUCUAAAACAGGUUAUAGACUACAUGUCAGAACACUAGGUGAAAUGAAGAGGGGUAAAUAGACCAAAUUAUUAGGGUGAGGCACAUGGGCUACUAACAUCUUACUACACAACAUACACUUAGUAUUACUUUCUUAGCUACAGUGUACAUAUCUAUGAUAUAUUUGUUUUACAUUGUUUGCAAACUGCUAUGUAACACGUAUUAAUGCCAAAAUCUCAUGCAAAACAGGCAAGUCUGUAUUUUUUUUGUUGCAAAAAAAUGUGUGGCUCUAAACAGCCCCACCUGCCCUGAAUGACAGUUCGCCACUGAUUGCCACAAGAUGUACUGUAUGUCCUAUUGAUGCUCCUUGGUUGAUACUUGUGAAUCACUUAAUGACUGCAUUAAAAAGAUAAUUAGCCUAUAUAAUUCAAUAAUAUUCAAAUAGAUGUCUUGUUCAUUCAAUUGAGUUCUAUUUUGCUAAUUGUAUGCUACUGUCUAUAAUUUUGCCUCAAUAUUUUUCAUGAUGUGUAUCAACAUGUGCACAAUGAUGUGCCAAAUCUUGAUUUAUUGCAUUAUAGGGUAAGCAUUAGAAUAACCCGACUCAAUAGUUGCUGCCAUAAGUGAUGAUAUCUUUUUAGUAGCCGAUCCGUCAUCAGUAUUGUGGAAUAACUCUAAUGUUAAGGUAAGAUCUCAAUGGAGAAAGAUGAUCCAACUUCCGAGAGCAGCGCUGUCUCUUUCGAUCCGAUCAGUAUCGGCACAUGCCUCAACGACACACUAGCGAACAUUCUCUUUGCAUGGCAAAUUAAAAACAAUUAAUGAGAACAAAAUGUGUGCGAUUGUGUUAUACUAGU